UGGCUUCUCCAGACCGUGGAGCGUGGGUAUGCACUAGUAUAUGUGGAGGUGUAGACUCUGUUAUCCUCUUUCCAGCCUAUGGGCAUCUUCUCCAUCCUGGAAGAGGAGUGCAUGUUCCCCAAGGCAACAGACACCUCCUUCAAGAACAAGCUGUAUGACCAGCAUCUUGGAAAAUCCAACAACUUCCAGAAGCCCAAGCCUGCCAAAGGCAAGGCUGAGGCUCACUUCUCGCUGGUGCACUACGCCGGCACCGUGGACUACAACAUUGCCGGCUGGCUCGACAAGAACAAGGACCCCCUGAAUGAGACCGUGGUGGGGCUGUACCAGAAGUCUUCACUGAAGCUUCUCUCCUUCCUUUUUUCCAACUAUGCUGGUGCAGACACAGGCGACUCCGGAGGAAGCAAGAAGGGCGGGAAGAAGAAGGGCUCCUCUUUCCAGACUGUGUCGGCCGUGUUCAGGGAAAAUCUAAACAAAUUGAUGACUAACUUAAGGAGCACCCACCCUCACUUUGUACGAUGCCUGAUUCCCAAUGAGACCAAGACUCCUGGUGUGAUGGAUCACUACUUGGUCAUGCACCAGCUGCGCUGUAACGGGGUCCUCGAGGGCAUCCGGAUUUGCAGAAAGGGAUUCCCUAGCCGGAUCCUCUAUGCUGACUUCAAGCAGCGGUACCGGAUCCUCAAUGCCAGUGCUAUCCCUGAAGGGCAGUUCAUUGAUAGCAAAAACGCCUCAGAGAAGCUCCUGAACUCCAUCGAUGUGGACCGGGAGCAGUUCAGGUUCGGCAACACCAAGGUGUUUUUCAAAGCUGGGCUCCUGGGGCUUUUGGAGGAGAUGAGAGACGAGAAGCUGGUGACGCUAAUGACGCGCACGCAGGCCGUGUGCAGGGGCUACCUGAUGCGGGUGGAGUUCAAGAAGAUGAUGGAGAGGAGGGACUCCAUCUUCUGCAUCCAGUACAACAUCCGCUCUUUUAUGAACGUCAAGCACUGGCCCUGGAUGAACCUGUUCUUCAAAAUCAAGCCCCUACUGAAGAGUGCAGAGGCCGAGAAGGAGAUGGCCACCAUGAAGGAAGACUUCGAGAGGACCAAGGAAGAACUGGCCCGAUCUGAGGCUCGCCGGAAGGAGCUGGAGGAGAAAAUGGUCUCCCUGCUGCAGGAAAAGAAUGACCUCCAAUUGCAGGUCCAGUCUGAAACGGAAAAUCUGAUGGACGCUGAGGAACGGUGUGAAGGACUCAUCAAAAGCAAGAUCCUAUUGGAAGCAAAAGUCAAGGAGCUGACUGAGAGACUGGAAGAGGAAGAGGACAUGAAUUCUGAACUGGUUGCCAAGAAGAGGAAUCUGGAAGACAAAUGCUGCUCUCUCAAGAGAGACAUUGAUGACCUGGAGCUGACCUUGACGAAAGUUGAAAAGGAGAAGCAUGCCACAGAGAACAAGGUAAAGAAUCUCUCCGAAGAAAUGACAGCACUUGAAGAAAACAUUUCCAAAUUGACCAAAGAAAAGAAGUCUCUACAGGAGGCCCAUCAGCAAACACUGGAUGACCUUCAGGUUGAAGAAGAUAAAGUCAAUGGUCUAAUCAAAAUAAAUGCCAAGCUUGAACAGCAAACAGAUGAUCUUGAGGGUUCCUUAGAGCAGGAAAAGAAACUGCGGGCGGACCUGGAAAGGGCGAAGAGGAAGCUGGAAGGAGAUCUGAAAAUGUCCCAGGAAUCCAUUAUGGAUCUAGAAAAUGACAAGCAGCAAAUAGAAGAGAAAUUUAAAAAGAAGGAGUUUGAAAUCAGUCAGUUACAAGCCAAAAUAGAUGACGAACAGGUCCACAGUUUGCAGUUUCAAAAGAAGAUUAAAGAACUGCAGGCUCGCAUAGAAGAGCUGGAGGAGGAAACUGAAGCAGAACACACACUCAGAGCCAAGAUUGAGAAGCAGCGCUCAGAUCUGGCCCGGGAACUGGAGGAGAUCAGUGAGAGGCUGGAAGAAGCCAGUGGGGCCACUUCAGCCCAGAUUGAGAUGAACAAGAAGCGGGAGGCUGAGUUCCAGAAAAUGCGCAGGGACCUGGAGGAGGCCACCCUGCAGCACGAAGCCACGGCGGCCACCCUGAGGAAGAAGCACGCAGAUAGUAUGGCUGAGCUUGGGGAGCAGAUUGACAACCUGCAGCGGGUGAAGCAGAAGCUAGAGAAGGAGAAGAGUGAGCUGAAGAUGGAGAUCGAUGACAUGGCCAGCAACAUCGAAGCCAUCUCCAAGUCAAAGAGUAACAUAGAAAGAACGUGCCGGACGGUAGAAGACCAAUUUAGUGAAAUCAAAGCCAAGGAUGAGCAACAGACACAGUUGAUCCAUGAUCUGAACAUGCAGAAAGCAAGACUACAGACCCAGAAUGGGGAGCUGAGCCACCAAGUGGAAGAGAAGGAAUCUCUGAUUUCACAGCUGACCAAAAGCAAGCAGGCCCUCACCCAGCAGCUGGAGGAGCUUAAGAGGCAAAUGGAAGAAGAAACGAAGGCCAAGAACGCCCUGGCACACGCCCUGCAGUCCUCCCGCCACGACUGUGACCUGCUGCGGGAACAGUAUGAGGAGGAGCAGGAAGCUAAGGCCGAGCUGCAGAGGGCGCUGUCCAAGGCCAACAGUGAGGUUGCUCAGUGGAGGACCAAAUACGAGACGGACGCCAUCCAGCGCACAGAGGAGCUGGAGGAGGCCAAGAAAAAACUGGCCCAGAGGCUCCAGGAAGCAGAGGAGAACACGGAGACGGCGAACUCCAAGUGCGCAUCCUUGGAGAAAACCAAGCAGAGGCUGCAGGGAGAGGUGGAUGAUCUGAUGCUGGAUCUGGAGCGCUCCCACACCGCCUGUGCCACCCUGGACAAGAAGCAGAGGAACUUUGACAAGGUCCUCGCAGAGUGGAAGCAAAAGCUGGACGAAAGCCAGGCUGAGUUGGAAGCUGCUCAGAAGGAGUCCAGGUCACUCAGCACCGAACUCUUCAAGAUGAGGAACGCCUACGAGGAGGUGGUGGAUCAGUUAGAGACACUGAGGCGGGAGAACAAAAAUCUGCAAGAAGAGAUUUCCGACUUAACUGAGCAGAUUGCAGAAACUGGCAAGAAUCUUCAGGAAGUGGAAAAGACCAAGAAGCUAGUGGAGCAGGAAAAGUCAGAUCUGCAGGUCGCCUUAGAAGAAGUGGAGGGUUCCUUGGAACACGAGGAGAGCAAGAUCUUGCGCGUCCAGCUAGAGCUAAGCCAGGUGAAAUCCGAGCUAGACCGCAAGGUCAUUGAGAAGGAUGAAGAAAUCGAGCAGCUAAAAAGAAACAGCCAGCGGGCAACGGAGGCCAUGCAGAGCGUGCUGGAUGCUGAAAUCCGCAGCCGGAACGACGCCCUGAGAGUGAAGAAGAAGAUGGAGGGAGAUCUCAAUGAGAUGGAGAUUCAGCUGGGCCACUCCAACCGCCAGGUGGCAGAGACCCAGAAGCACCUGCGCACGGUCCAGGGCCAGCUCAAGGACUCCCAGCUGCACCUGGACGACGCCCUGAGAAGCAAUGACGACCUCAAGGAGCAGCUGGCCAUCGUGGAGCGCAGGAAUGGCCUCCUGCUGGAGGAGCUGGAGGAAAUGAAGGUGGCCCUGGAGCAAACGGAGCGGACCCGCAGGCUGUCGGAGCAGGAGCUGCUGGACGCCAGCGACCGCGUGCAGCUCCUGCACUCCCAGAACACGAGCCUGAUAAAUACCAAGAAAAAACUGGAGGCUGACAUAGCUCAGUGCCAGGCAGAGGUGGAGAACUCAAUCCAGGAGUCCAGGAACGCAGAGGAGAAGGCCAAGAAGGCCAUCACGGAUGCCGCCAUGAUGGCUGAGGAGCUAAAGAAGGAACAGGACACCAGCGCCCACCUGGAGCGGAUGAAGAAGAACCUGGAGCAGACGGUGAAGGACCUGCAGCACCGUCUAGACGAGGCUGAGCAGCUGGCACUGAAGGGCGGGAAGAAGCAGAUCCAGAAACUGGAGAACCGGGUGCGGGAGCUGGAAAAUGAGCUUGAUGUGGAACAGAAGAGGGGAGCUGAAGCCCUGAAGGGAGCCCACAAGUACGAACGCAAAGUGAAGGAGAUGACUUACCAGGCUGAGGAGGACCGCAAGAAUAUCCUCAGGCUCCAGGACCUGGUGGACAAGCUGCAGGCCAAAGUGAAGUCUUACAAGAGGCAGGCUGAGGAGGCGGAGGAGCAGGCCAACACGCAGCUGUCCAGGUGCCGGAGAGUCCAACAUGAGCUAGAGGAGGCCGCGGAGAGGGCGGACAUCGCCGAGUCCCAGGUCAACAAGCUGAGGGCCAAGAGCCGAGACGUGGGCGGCCAGGUAAGAGCAGGUACCUGAGAUGUAGAGGCCAGCUAAGAACAGACACUGAAUAUGGGGGCCAGGUAAGCGGUGAAAGCCUGAGUGUGGGAGGCUAGAUAAAGGCAGGUACCUGAAAUGUGGGGACCAGGUAAGAGCAGGUACCCGAGAUGUAAGGGGCCAGGUAGGAGCAAGUACCUGAGUAUGGCUUCUUCCCAAGAAGUCCCAAGCCCCGGAGGAGUUCCAUGGACCACCCAGGGAGAACCUGGAGGAUGACUGUUGAUCCUCUCCUUCCUGCUGCUGGUCACACACUCCCAAAUGCUACUGUUUUAGCAAAGACUACUGUGGUUCCAGGCUCCUGGGAGAAUGAGCAGUGAGGCAGGACACUGUCAUCCCUAUCUCUCCCUGUUGCUACAGAUGCUGCCCAUGAAGCCCCUGAUUUGCAGGGCAUUUGUCCUGUCGCUAGUAGCUAGAUUGGUUUGCUUUUACAAUGUGCAAAGGGAAACAAUGCCAUUCCUUAAUGUGUCUCUGAAGUUCCAGAUUUUCCAGCUGCUCCACUUCAACGUGAUGUUCAGUCUCCCGUUUAGUUGACUCAUUUCCUAUGUACAAUUGU